UGCAAAGCUGUGUCCCGCACUCCCCGGAAUGGAGGUGGAUAUGGAAAAAGUUAACUUUUUCCUGGCGUUGUGCGGCUUAACUCAAACUUUUUAGCCAUUUUUAAAACUUGUCUUACAUGUAUGUUGUUUGCUUAAGUUUCUAAGUGUUUGGUGUUUUUUAUAAGAGGGAGAAAAGUCGCUGUUGUUGAAAAGUAUCCCGUCCACUGCGGGGACAAAGUAAUGUCCUGUUGCUGCCGAGUAUCCCAGCCUCCAGCCUCCGCUUGUAUCGCUAGCCGAGCAGCACGAGUUAACUUACUUUACGGACGUCUUUUUGAUCAAAUUUACCACCUUUCCCAACACAAAACAUCGCCACUAAACAAUUUGUCACCAACUGCUAAACCGUUAUCAUGUUUUAUCCAACACAAGCGUCGCUGCUGUUACGGUUUAGCUAACCUAGUUGUGUGAAGUUACGGCUUAGCUGCCAGUUAGCAUAAGUUAGCUCACUAGCUGACUGGCGUCCAGCAGCCGUUAGUCAGACCAAAGGAAAAACAGCGGCGCUUGUUUUUAUUUUUUAAGCCAUAAAAUACCGCUAACCGGACAGCAAACGGUUACUUUUAGUAUUUAAGUCACGAGUGUAACUUUUACACUCGGUCUUGGCCGUUGUAGUUGUUGUCGAGUCAAGCUGGACCACGGUAUUUUCCCCCAUUCAUGCUUCAUUUAUUAACUGUGUUAGCUACCAUGCAUGGGGGUCCAACUUUUUGGCCUCUGAACGUGUUGGUCGCUCCUCCGUCCUCAAACCGAGAGGACAAGAAGCCAAACCACCAGCUAACUAUACCAAACCCAAACUCAACGAUGCUGAUCUGUUUCACAUGCUAUGGUCAGCUCUUUUAAGUGCCUCUCAAUUAUGUGUUUAUGUCAAGGACCUCAAAGGUUGUCACACAUUUGAUGGGAUUUUUUUUUAAACAAGGAGCUUUGUCAUUUGUUAAAGUUGUAUUAACUCUUUUGGGGGAUAAUAAAAACUAUUCCUAAAACAGUAGGUUAUUCUUUAUACAUUCAUUUUGUUGCUAUGCUACACUGAUAAUGGUCAUAGUAUUCAUUAGAAAUGGAUGUGUUGGUGUUUAGUUUGUUUGGUAAAAUAAAAAAAAAAUCACAUGAUUAAAAGUUGGUAUUAAAAACUUCAAAGAGACAGAAUAUGCUAGAAUUUAGACAUCUCAAAAACUGUAAGCCAUUACAUCUCAAAAUAAGAAUUAAAUGAUGAUAAAUCAAAGAUGAUUAAAAAUAUUAUUGAAUUAUUGUCCAGAACCACUUCUGAAGACUCCAGUUUUGAUUGUUUUGGUACUUUAGCUUGGUCUAACUGGAUGUAGCACCUAAAGAUGUUUUUUUUUAAUUUUAUUUUUUAAGUCAUGUCAUAGUUGAAAUAUGCAAAAUAGUUGCUGAAAGUCAUUCAGAAGUUGGGUAUAGUAAUGUAGCGUAUUUCUGACAUGAAUAAUAGUUCAUUUAAUGUAGCAGUACCAGCUGUGUCAAAAAUAAGUUUAUCAUUGUGAGUAUUUAAAUAACACUGAGUCAAAUAAGUGUUAUCACUGUUAUUAGCAUAAUUUAUCCAAACCAACUACAUCUAUAUUAAAAUCUGACAUUUAACAUCAUCUAAAAGCUCCUUCAGCUCUGAUUUUGAAUCAUUUUGAGCUGUGUUAGUGAAAAUAUUGUUGUUAAACAGCUGCAACCUAAAGAGAAGGCCCAACCCAUUCAAAAACAGCAUCUUCAUCUCCAUCAGUGUACAUAAACAUCAGCAUAUAUAAUGUACUAACCCAUAUUACACUAAUAUCAAUGCUGUUUGUGCCUUUUUUUUUGUUCUCAUGUUGUCCACGUGGUCUUCACACUUGUUGUUAGCCUACUAAGCACCGCAGAAUAAAGACCCUUUAGGGAGAUGCAUGGUUGUUGAUGGCUGUGCAGGCAGUGAUUGUCAAAAAGUGUCAAUCACAGCAGACUUGGGUGACCCCGCAGCGAGAUGGGGGAGGCCUGUUGGAAUUCAGAGGAGGGAUGUAGAAUGCCUCUAACUUGACCUCUCGCACUCCAUCUCGGUUUUAUCAGGGCCCGUGUUGAAGUGCAGUGACUGUGAGAUGCAUUAAUCGUCUGUCAUGCCCCCUCAGGGCAUCAGACUUUCAUUGAAAGGGAAGAAGUGGUGCAAAAUAUUUGAAAUCUCCAUGCUUAUCUUGUCGUCUUUGUCCAGGGUGUUAGGAGAUUAGAUGGAGCUUCGCAGUCAACAGGAGAUUAUUCUGUUGAAAUAGAAAAGCAGUGUGUUGCAACUGGAGUGCUUGUCUCGCAGUAAAAGUGAUGUAUGUGUUGUGGAUGCUGGCUGAUGCUGAACUUCUGUCUGUUGGAAGUGGAAAACGAAAUCCAACCCAGUCAGCAUACAAGAGAUCCCACCCUAAAGCAACACAACACUCAGCUGAACUUGAUGAAUAUCCGUGCUGUUUUUUCCCACAGCAGCAGUCAUAGUCCUUUGUUUUCCUUGAUCAUUAAUAUACUCUUAAGAGUCAUAACUUCACUGGAAGCCCAGAAUUUAGCCUAUACCACCCAAAUAUCAUACGCUGUGUUUUACUGCCCCAGUGCUGCUUCCAGUUUGGACCCUGAGUUUGCUGAACAAGCGUGACUCUUUGUGAUAUUCCUCUUGUGAUCCUCUUGAAGUCAGCUGCCCCCAUACACCAAGCCCUGCCGUGCCAUGUAGUGUAACUUAAUGGACUUCAAUUACCUCAGCAACAGCCAAACCACAUUCAGCACCCUCAGGCAAACUAACACAGCUCACUGCCAGCAGUGUCGAAUCCAGCGCUGCAAUGCGGAGUAUGUGGCUUCUACCUCACCCUCUAGUGGUCUUCAGGAGGACGUGGCUCUGGAUGUGGACUACUGCAUCGCCCUGCGAGCCUACGCCUUGUGCACCCGCCGGCAGGCACGGAGCUGCAGGGGCGACCUGGUCUACCACUCGGCUGUCUUCCGCAUUAAGGAGUUAUUCUCUCAGCACAACUGCUCCAGCGACGGGCCCACUUCCUCCGCAAAGGUCCCCAGCACGUCUCGGCCGGCCGUGUCAGAGCUGUGCGACUACGAGAAUCGGGUCCUUGUCUCGGGCUCAGCUGGUCAGCAGAAGAAAUACGCCCACUGUGGAUUAUUCGGAGACCCGCACCUAAGGACUUUCCGAGACGAGUUUCAGACCUGCAAGGUGGAAGGGGCGUGGCCUCUGAUCGAUAACCGCUUCCUGUCAGUUCAGGUGACCAAUGUGCCUGUUGUCCUCGGCUCCAGCGCCACGGCAACCAGCAAGAUCACAGUGAUCUUCAAGUCGUAUCACGGCUGUACAGAUCAGAAGGUGUAUCAGGCCACCACAGAAGAUCUGCCGCUGGCCUUUCAGGAUGGAACUCGCAGCGGAGGCGAGAGCGGCAGCCUGACGAUCGUAGAACGAGGCGGCUCUGGUGUGGGCCGGCAGGUGAAGAUACAGGCCCGUUACAUCGGCACCUCCAUCAUCGUCCGGCGCGUGGGCAGCUACCUGACCUUUGCCAUCCGCAUGCCAGAAGACACCCUGGACUUCUCGGAGGACAAUGGCGGUCUGCAGCUCUGCCUGCACGGCUGCCCGCGCAACGAGCUCAUCAAAGAGCACACGCUGGGCCGCCAGAGCCAGCAGCCCCGCCUGCCAGGUGCUGGGCAGGGCACCAACACAGAGUUGGGUCCAUUGCGGCCUCCUCACCAAGUCUACACGGUGGAGCGGGCCACGGCCAAGUGUAGAGAGACUCUGCAGGUGGAGGACGUGUACUUUCAGUCCUGUGUGUUUGACUUGCUGACCACAGGAGACCCUGAGUUCUCUAUGGCAGCCUACAGCGCUCUGGAGGAUUUAAAGGCGCUGCCGCCCAGUAAACUGAAGCAGAAUUCCCCGAGGACUCCUCGUCUUUACAAUCGAGGGAUGUCACACACGCCGGCUGCAGCAGCAGUCAACAGCCAGUCCCUGCUCUCACUCCUACUCCUCAUUCUGCUGCUUUUGUAAAAAAAAAAAUAUAUAAAUGAUUUUAAAAAAAGAGAGAAACAUGGAAACAAACAGAACGUGGAAGCAUUACCAGCUUGAGGAAAGAGUGACUUGAGCUCCGACAUAUAUUGUAUUAUUUUUUUGGAAUUUGUGAAUGUUGUGAUCUUUUUCUGUUUUUGUCAUUUGAAGGAUUUCACACUCAUAAAAGAUGGCGUUUCUCCCACUUUGCAUUUUUUGUGGAUUCAUACAUCGGUCACAUCAUUUGAAGAAAGACAAAUGCAUGCAAUCAGUCAGGUUUGGGGUCCAGUACAACAUGUUGUUUUCACAUGCUCACUAUUAAUCGGUUUACAAAAGAGCUUAGCUUUUGUAAAUAUGUCAUUUUUACUGCACAACUCAUCAUAAUGCACAACAUCCAAACACUCCACUAUGUGUGAAGUUGCAUGUGACUCCAUACUGUAUGUAAGCAGUUUUUUAUACAUACAUGUGGCUUCUAGAUCCUGUAUAAUCCAGUAAUAUCAAUAGCACUUAAAGGUUUUAACAGCAAGUUUUGUGUAUUUAAAUGUUAUUUCUUUGUCUAUUUCAACUGUUCUUUCGGAAAUUGGCAUGUUAAAUACACAGGAUCCAACAACUGUAUGUAAAAACUACCUAUCCAUAAUAUACGAUGUGUCAGUGUGAUAUUCAGCAACUCUCAGUUCUCAUCUUCUGUAAAACACUCCCUCUUCAAGCUGUUUGGCUUCCAGUUUUAAAGGUUAAAAAAACCCACAAAUCUUUAUAUAAUAAUAUAUUAAAAGAGUGUAUAUAUGUGUUUUAUAUUGUGUACAUUUGCCUGUGUAUAGAUGUUUUAACUGUAAUAUGUUUUACAUUUGUUGUGUUUAGUAGGUUAUUUUUGAGUCAUUGUAAGAAAAGUAAACUAAUGUGUUGUGCUGUAUCUGUAAUUUUCUGUAUUAAAGUGUUGGACACUCCUGA